AUGCACUUCUCGUCGCUCCUCUCCCUGGGCCUCGCGGCCACCGCGUCGGCCAUCGACGUCAGAGGUCACUACGGCGGCACCUGCGACGGUGCCUAUGUGGGCUGCGCGAACAUCAACCCCAACGUGUGCUGCGUUAUUAGCGGCUCCGCCAGCAGCGGCAGGUCCAGCGUUUCCGUGGCUGCCAUCCCGGGCGACUGGCGCAUUCGCACUCAGGCUUACACGGGCGGCGGCUGCUCAUCACUCGCGGGUCAGCUCGACUCGAACGGUAACACGUUCGUCUGCCUGUCGUACAGCUCGCGCGGUGACCGAACGGGAGGUCAAUACUGGUUCGUCGGCCGCAAGCGUGCCGACGACAACUCGUGCCCCGCCGAGCAGCCCGGUGGCGGAAAGUGCGAGGCUGUCGCCAAGCCCGAUACCCUCGGACUCGCGGACGGCACCGAGUACAACAUCACCGGCCUGUCGGAUGAGAAGCUUCAGGAGUUGGUAAGUGUUGUCUGCGGCCCUGAGAACAAGCAUGAUGAAUGCGUAUGGCACCUAGACGAGAUGCUGACUUGCUUGCCCCGCUUAAAGGAGAAGAUUGCUACCACUGGCGCCGGUGCCGACGCCGUGCCCGCCGAGUUCCAGACUCUCCGCCGCUAG